CUUGAAGCGAUGUCGUGGGGGUAUCUGUCACCGUAUUUUGCAAAACAGCAUCUAAAUCCACUGCGUAGUUCUAGUCUCCUGGAACAAGAUGUCUUCCUCGUCCACCGCUAUUUCUUCUGCCAAAAACAAGCGCUCGUCCAAAAUCCCCUUCUACAAGACCAUCAACGUGAAGCAAGCCGCCCCUCCCUCCAGCCCGCUCUACUACCUUGAAUGGAUUUCCGCAACCGCAAUUUUAGCCUACUUCCUGUUCGUCGACGGCCCGAGAGUAUCAACUGCAAAAAUGUCUGGGUCUGGAAACUUGUGAUGCUGGUUGAGAAAGACGAGGACGCCUCAACUGACUGGCAAGCAUGGCAAGUUUUGGAGGUGCUGUAGUCUUGGCUUUUCUGCAUGGCAAAGUGAGCUUCUGUAUGACAGAAAAGCAGGGCUUUUGGGUAAUGUGCAUGACAGGCUUGAGAGUGAUGCCAGACAAGCAUGACAAACUUCCAUUCUUCCAGACCCAGACAUUUUUGCAUUUGAUAGAGAGUCGCCGCAGAACUUCGUGGCCAAUGCCUGGACACCCCGCAGUGCGCACGGUACCUGCAGUUGAAGCCAAAUGGCGUUGUGGAGCUACCCCCGAGUGUAGUUAUCACGCCAAUCCAAAUUCGGGAAGCCGCGAUCGCUGGAUUACUUGCGCCUAUUCUUCAAUUUCCGCAAGACAACCAAAUCCGCCGUGACGACGGGGACAUCCAGUGGCGGGAAAUCAAGAAAUCCCUGCCGAUUUUACUCCUAGUUGCGGCGAUUUUCAGCUUUUUCUUCCGGGUUUCGAAGCGGAAUAAACACGUUCUGCUCUUUUUGGGCUGUGGAUUUGUGCUUUACCUCCACGGAAUACUCGGCUUUCUCUACGUGCUCUUCCUCUACACGGUGUUUUAUUCCGUCGUGAGAGCGGAAUGGAACCGGUUUCCGCGGGUUUUCUCCUGGGCGUUUGCGGUCUUCGUGUUUGUCUUGCGGGAUUGGAAUACGAUUAGCGGGUACUUGGAUGCGAAGAUGGUGGAGAUGGUGCUAGGACCGUUUUAUGGAUUGCAAAUAUGUCUGAGUCGGGACACUUGGAAUGCUAAAAGUUAAAUGAUAGACGCACUGCAAUACGAAGCUAUGCAUGAGAAAUUUUUUGGCUGCCAUGUCUUACGUAUUCCGCAUGGCAAACUGCGUUUUUGCGUGACAGGUAAGAGGGCCUUUUUGUGCCUAUGCAACACAGAUUCUCGAGUCAUGCCAGACAAGCAUAACAAACUUGCAUUCUUCCAGACCCAGACAUUUUUGCAUUUGAUACGUUUGAAGCAGUGCGAAUAGCGGUUGUGACGGGAGUAUGGGAGAGGAAAUGUCGGUUGUGAUGGUCGUGGUGUGACUCUUUUGCAGAACGGUGUACGAAGCACUGCAGUAUGUUGCGGCUGUAUCAAAAACGGCACACCAACGUCUUCAACCUCAGUGGCAGCAUGCUGCAUGAAGUUAUACGCGAGGGUAUAGUGAUCGCAGCUUAGAAACCCUUGGGACACCAUCGAGGAUAAAGUUAUUCUCGAUGGUAUGCUAGCGAUUGUCCGGAAAACAGUUUAGUGGGCGAGAACCGUAGUCUUUUAACACCUUGGUGUAUCAUGUUAUUCCCGAUGGUGUUAUCUCUCUCCUAAGAUGGACUGCAUCAUGCCCUCCUGUAUAGCAUCACUCACGACGGUGUGGGUUACCGUAAAAGAAUCAGCCAAACACCAUUACAAAUUACUUUUCCAUUUUCACACACCGCAAAAUCAACGAAACUUCCGAUGCUGACCGGGCCUCUGGACGUGCACGUAACCUGCCGCUUCAUCGUGAUAAAACUGCUCUCCUUUGGAAUCGAUUACGCAAGAAGAAAAGACGAAAUCGCGAAGGAAAUAGAGAAUAACAGAAAUGAGCCUGUCGUGCGGGAUGUGGAGUUGGCCGCAGCAGGAGGUGGAAGCGAAAAUCUAAAUCACGUCGAACAGUCUCCAGAUGGAAGCAGAGCAGUUCGUGAUGGCGUACGACACCGCUCAGGAAGCACUGCGAGAAAGAACAAUUAUGCGAAUCCAGCAUCACAAACAACUACUUCGCCUCGAUCGCCAAAUAGCAAGACCAGCAUGACAAACUCAGCUGCAUCGACAUCACCAUCAACCUUCUCCUACUCCAACCUGCUUACCUACGUGUUCUACCCACCGCUCUACAUCGCGGGUCCGCUCAUUGGUUACGACGAGUUUUUGAAAAAUGCGUCGAUAAUAUCAACCACAACAAUUACAGCCGACGGGCAUGCAAAACCUGCAGCAGAAAUAAUCCCGGUUUCUGCUGCCGUCAAAUACUUCUUCCGAAAGUUUCUCCCCUGCUACAUUCUCCUCGAAUUCUUCCUGCACUUCAUGCCGGUCUACGCCAUCAUUCGCUCGGAGUUUCUCAUCCCAAAAUGGCUUACCGGAGCGACUCUGGAACCCCCGGUGGAGACGAAACUGCUCUCUUCGUCAAGCGACACGACAAAAUCAACUGACUCGACGCAAUCAGUAGGAAUGAAGCUGCACCAGUCAGACGCGACUGACACCUCCUACCUCGCAGUGAAGAUGAUUUACUGGAUUCUCUGUGUCCUCUGGCUGAAAUUCGCAACCCUCUGGCGGUUUUUCCGCUUCUGGACGCUGCUGAUGGGGAUCGAUUAUGCAUUGCAAGAAGAUCGCACUCGCACAAAUCGAAAGAUUGCAUGACAAAUCUAGUUUCUUACCGGAAUGAUCUGCAUCACAAAUUGCACUUCUCUUCUUGAGAAGAUUUGUCAUGAUGCGGUUCAAACUAGUACGAUGCUUUUGCAACGCAUAUUGACUGUGUGGAAAACAUGCAGAAUGGGUGUUUUAACAACAACACGACGCUGCAAGGAUUUUGGCAGGGCUGGUAUGGACGUGUCAGGUUUGAAAUCGUCAAAGUUGAAAUAGUUUGUCAUGCAUAAAACGGAUACCAGUUAGACCUACAGUUUGUAGUCGGUGCAUGACAAACCUUUCCGGUCCUGGAAGCGAGUCUGUCAUGCGGUUUAGGGCAAAAGAGCUGCCUUCUGUCAUGCUAGUUAGCAGUCCAACUUUUGACCCCUACCAGGACUAUAAUCUGCAUCCCGUGGGUCCUCUGCAAUAGAGUCACUUUUUGUAUCGCAUUUUACGCAUUACAAAUUAUUUCAACUUUGACGAUUUCAAACCUGACGCUUCCAUAGCUGGCACUGCUCGUUUAACAAGUGGCUGAUCAGGUACAUCUACCUCCCCUUAGGCGGCCGGUAUCACAAGAAAAAGUGUUAAAAACGUCAACGGAAUUUGUGAUGCAGUAAUGUAUCAGAUGAAGAAAAGGUGCCCAAAUUUCAAUUUGUAUUGCAUAGCAUGCAUGCUGGGCAAGAUUUGUCAUGCGUGACUGCAAUCUGUAAACACAUUUAGCACUUUUUUGCUUGAUAGCCGGGAGCGGAAAUUCACGAAUGUGUGGGUGAUCUUUUUCUUCGUCGCGGUCUGGCACGUAUGCAAGGAAAAAACUGUGUAACUGUAACUUUGUGUUGCAGACGAUGCAAGACAAUUACACCUGUCAUGCUGGACAUGCAUCAGAGGCUCUUUUCGUAAGCGUUUUCACAUGCUAGCUACGCAUGACAGGUUUUCUGUGUCAUGCAGAGCACCAAACUUGUGAUGCUAUUUCUCCAAGAAAGUUGUUACACUCGCACAGUUUUGUUCUUGGAUACCACGAUCUGGAGAAACAGUACUUGGUUUGGGGGUUGCUAAACGCGUAUGAAAUGCAAGAGCAUCGUACUCGUGUAAGUGCAUUACAAAUUUCCUCAGCAUGAGAAACAAAAUUUGUGAUUACUACGAGUUCGAUACUCUUGCAGGUCAUAACGCGGGUUUUCUGAUGUUCGAGUUUCUGGUUUCGGGAAUGUGGAUCGGGAAAAUGGAAAAGGAGUUAUGACGGUGCACAACUCCCCCUCCCCCUCAUUUGUCAUGCAAAAUACCUAAUCCACGCCUGGCCUUUAACCACUCUGCGCAUAACAAGUUUUGAACGCCCAAGUAGGACUACAUUCCACUUACGGAUUUGUCAUGCAAAAGCUACAUUUGUAGCGUUGCUUCUGUUGCUGCUGAUGCUAUACAAAUGAGAGGGAGGGGGAGUUGUGCACUCUCAUAGGAGUAUCGGAAAGUGUACCAGGACUACGACUUAGGCUCAGCUGCAGAGGAAGGAGAACUAGAAACAUUAUCUUCAAGAAAACGACAGAACCCCGUCAAUCAGAUCUCUUCCGCUACAACCCGGUUCUGGACCCACCCGAUCGUGAGCUACCACUUUCCGAACUACGUUAACGCCGCGUGGGGGUUUGUGUUGGUCUUUGUCAACGGAAGCGGGUACGGGGCCGGGCUGGGGGCGACGGUGAACAUUUUUCGUGAUGCGCUCAGCGGGAAAAGUCAAAAGUUGGUGGCGGCCAUGUGUAUGCAGUACGUGUUCUUCGUCGCGACGGCAUAUGUCAUGCGGAGACACCAGGAGUUGAGGUAUGAGAACUACAAGCGGGGUUCAUCUUCUGGAGGUGAGGUGAGGUUGGGGAAUGUGGCUGGUGGUGGUGGAAAAGGAAAUUUAAUGAUGAAAUAGCAUUGCAGCUUGCUGAUUUGGCCCAGCAGUUGCUCCCUCGGCACUUUACUGUGUGCUGUCGCGGACGUGAUGAAACGCUGGAGGUGGCUGUGCUUGUGAGCAGCAGCAUGACGGAUGAACGAAGACGAAAAGAAACUGGUGAACAAAAAGACUCCAUGUCGCGGUACUG